AUGGAGGCAAACCACAUGGGCGACGCUGGAGGGAUUCAAAAAGUUAAAACAACAGAUGUCAGUAAGGAUAUCUUAGAUAAAUUUUGGGUUCUUUCAGAGGGAAAAGAAGUAAAGAGACUGCGUGAAACGAAGAACCUGUUGACUGUGCUGAAAACUAAGCAGUUGGAUCAUAACAAUCUCCCGAACAAGAAUUUUCCCUUAUGUGGAGAUCUUCAGUAUUCAUUGAGAAGACUAGUAAAAGGGUUACCCUCUAGCAAAAAAUGGGCCAGAGUGGGAUUUGCCACAGCUCUAACUCAGAUCCUGUCGGAGUUUCCAGAGGUGCAGAUCAGAGAUGUGCUAGCCCUAAUCAAGGAGACCUUGACCUUCACACAGCAGGAGAGUAAAGCGGAGCAGGGGAACAUUAUGUUUGGUAAAGUGACAGCCCUGAUGGCAAUCAUACGCUCACGAAGACUUGAUCAGGGUUGUGGAGAAGAGACUGAGGGUGUGGUGUCAUCUCUGAUCCAGCUCCAGGGGAAGAAGAGUUACCUACAACAGCCUUGUGUCUGUGGACUACAAAUCCUCAUCAACUCUGUGGAUAAGGUGACAUUCACACAGCACAUCCUGCCCCAGCUGAGAGGAGAACUAUCUGCGGGGUGGGAGGGGUGUACCCCUGACAGACUGCUGCUGGCUAUCAUGGCAGCCAGCAAGAGGUACCUGGUUAAGGGUGGCACGGACAGGUGCCUGGUUAUGGUUGGUAUGGACAGGUACCUGGUUAAGUUUGGUAUGGACAGGUACCUGGUUAAGUUUGGUAUGGACAGGUACUUGGUUAAGGUUGGUAUGGACAGGUGCCUGGGUAUGGUUGGUUUGGAUUUUGGUUUUGGUUAA